UUGAUGGAGAAGUAAUUAACAAAUAAUUAAGAAGUACGUAGUAGUUGGAAUAAGUUUGUUUAGGCAUUUUACAUUGAUGAAGCCAGUGGCAACCGCAGCAGCACCAGCAGCGGCUGAGGCAUAUGGUGUUCCCCUGGUGAGCGUUGUAGGGGAUUUUUUCUGUGUCCCUUACCCUGUGGAGCUAAUAGUGAAGAAAAAAAGCCACAAUUUGUUUGAUUCAAAAUACGAAGCUUUAGAUGCUAAUGGAAAUCUUUACUUCCACGUCAAUGGUUCGUCUCAUAAUUUCGAGAAAAAGAGGGUCAUGCGUGAUGCUGCUGGUUUUCCUCUUCUUAACAUGCGCGAGAAGGCAUUGUCAUCACGUCAUCGGUGGACGAUUUAUCGAGGAGAAAGCUCGGAACAAAAUAACAUGAUAUUCAGCGUUCGAAGAUCGAGUUCUUCCCAGCUAACGAAAUUUCGACACAAAGUUUUCCUACCCAAUAAUCUCAAUGAAGAUGUUCCAAACUUUCAGAUUGUUGAAUCCAACUCACCAUCUUGGUCUUAUAAAGUUUACAAAGGCGAAACUCUCAUUGCUGAGUUUAAAUUCGUCUUCUCGUGGGAGAACAUUGCCAAAGGUACUAAAAAGCUUGCACUCAAAAUUUAUCCAGGCGUAGAUUACGCUUUUAUUGUCGCAUUAGUUGUGAUCCUCUACGAAAAUGAUAUUACAUGUAUUUAAUUAUAUAGAACAUAUAUAUGCAUGAUUGUAAUUUAAUGUAGUAUAGAGUCAAGUCAACUAUUAUUAUACAUAUAACAUACCUAUGCUGUAUACAUCGUUUCAAGUAAGCCUCACAUUGUAUCCUGUAUUUACAUUACUAAUAACAUGUUAGUUAGGGUGUCGUGCUUGUAAUAAACGUUUUCAAUAUUUUAUCUUACAUUCAUUAUCUAUCACUCGAAUCUAAUCAAUACU